AUGGGAAACACAGAUGCGGGUAAAAUAGGCAUAUAUUAUAACAAGUUCCGAGUAUCCAAGGAACAAAAACGAGACCCUGACUAUCUGGCGGAGUCAAUAUCUCCUUACUCGUGCAAUCGAUGCAAAAGAAUUAAGAAAAAGUGCUCGAAAACAAUACCAACCUGCGAUAAUUGUUUCAAGGCAGAAACCAAUUGUGAGUACCUGAAGAGAAAGAAACGAAACUCCACGACUUUUGGGCUAAAUAUGGAACUAAAUUCUGAAAUUAAUAACGUUUUUGGUCAAUCUGAGACUGAGAAUGACUUCCAUACUGAUCUAGGAAUGGAUAUCCCCAUGACGAACAGUGACCCUAAUCCUGAGAUGUAUAAGUCCCCAACUCCUGGAUUCUUCAGGAGAAUUCUAGAGCAACCACUAGAGUCAUCCGGUUAUGAUACGCCACAAAAGGAUCUUUUUCUUUCAAUUAUUGGAUACUCUCCAACCAUUCUGGACGACGGAAGGGAGUCAAUUUACCAAGUAAGCAAGUCUCUAGCACUCAAAUUUGUGGAGGCGUAUUUCAAGCACAACCAUCGAUCGUAUCCCUUCAUUAAAAAGUCACAAUUCAUCAGUCAAAUCGAGAGCAAUGAGUACAUCAGCGACGAAGUAAAUACAGUGGCUCAAUUCGAGCUAUACAUGGUGAUGGCUAUUGGAUGUACUACAUUGACUAGAGUUGGACUCUUGUCGAAAGAGGACAACUUUAGCAAAAGCUUUUCCUCGAAAUCUAUUCAGUUUCUAUCUAGAAACAAAUCAUAUGACGAUUUCGACCGGCUCCGAAUGUUGAUACUAUUGUGCAUUUAUUCGUUUUUCGAGCCUAAUGGACUACAUUCAUGGACUUUGUCUGGUACUGUUUCCAGAAUAGCACUUUCUUUGGGUCUCAAUCGGCAAGUUAGGGGCCCCAUGGAUCAUGUGGAACGAGAAAUGAGACAUCGUCUUUUUUGGAGCGUUUACAAUUUGGAUAGGCUCUUAUCGAUAAGCUUUGGCAAACCGUUGGCUAUUGACGAGGAUGAUAUAGAGAUUCCUUUGCCAAGUAAAUUGGAAGAUGAAGAAUACGGAACAAUGAAAAUAAUGCAAUCGAUGAUACAUUUAAGGAGAAUAGAGGGAAAGAUCAUAAAGAAGGUAUAUUCAUACAAAGCAGGACAGAAAGAUCCCGAAACCAAGGAACUCAUUGUUACAAAUAUCAUCAACGAAUUGGAUCGCUGGUAUGAAGCUUGUCCUAUCCAGUUCAAAACGGACAAAAAGUUAUUUUCGUUUUACACUUCAAAUGCAUGGUAUUCUGCGAGAUACUAUCAUUGCUUGAUGCUCUUACACCGCCCUUCCUUUUUAUUGCCCAAGACCUCCCCGCAAAGAAUAGAGAUUUUGGGCAAGGUAAGUCUUCAAUCGGUACUUUACACUCACAUUUUGUUCAACGAAAAGCUACUUCCGCUCAACUGGAUCACCCUAUACCGAUUUCUAACCAUCUGUUCGAGCAUUUUAUUUUGUUUGUGCAACUGGAGCGUUGAUUUGAUAGACUCAAAGACCGAAAUUAACAUUUGUGCUGAGAUACUCGAAGCCUUCAGCGAAAAAUGGGUGAUUGCAAAAAAGUGUGCUCAGGUAUUUCGUACAAUUUGCGAUAACAUUCUUGAGAUAAGUCUUAGUGCAGACGGACCAGAAAUUACCGAAAUGGCUAAUCUAUUCCGUGAGUUGAUGGGCGUUGCCAGUGCCUACUACGACAUAUUGGAUACGAACUCGGCAAAGUUGCCAAUUACCACCCUCAUAGACAACGAUUUUCUGUAA